AGCUGUUUGAAAAUGGCGGAAAAAUUGUAAUAUCGCUCUAAAAUUUUAAAACUUUGCCAAAAAUGUCUAUUACUGAUACUACUUCAUAUUACCGCUCGGUUGACACCAAUACUAGCACAAGACCCUCUUCUUCUUCGUCUUCACGAUCGCUGUCAUCGGUCAAGCAUUAUGUUAUUCCUCCUAUUAUUACCUGCGAAAAGGAUAGAGCUUUUCUAAAAUCAAUAUACUCGUUUAUUGACGAUGAACUAAAAGAAGUCGGAGAGGAUGAUUUAGAGCAGAGAUAUAUCGUACACAAAGCUGCUUUUGACCAAGUAAUCGAGUACGUGACAGCGUAUAAGCCUAUACUUACUGCUAUAAAAUCCGAAUAUGAGAAUUGUAUAUCAGCUGUAAAAUUAGGUAAAGAAGAGGCGGAAUAUUUAACUCAACAAUUGAAAAAGAAGGCAACUGAACCCUCUACAGUAAAUAAUUUAGUGAAAAGGUCCAAGGAUUUAAUGACAAAAAUCGAAAAAAUUGAAAAUGACAACGAAAAGUUAAAAACUAAAUUGGAAGAUGUAAGGAGGCGUCGAUCAAUCAGAGAACAGGAAGACGAAAAAUUACGAAAUCCUCCCCCGCCUGAAGUUAAGCAAGAAAGGAGAAAUAUUCCUGGCCUAACACCAGAAGAACAAGUACAAGAGGAAGUUUUGUUAAAAAAACUACGGCAAGUGGAAAGCGAUUGGGAAAAGUUAAAAGAAGCAUCGGCCCUUAAAUUUGCUCCAAAAAAUCGGCAAGAAGAAUUGAAAGCUAAACUUAAUAGGAAAGUAGAAAAGGCUGAUGAGUUGAAGGAGAAGAAGGAAUUAGCUAGAAUUAAACGUCACAAGCUUCAAGUGGCAGUUAAAGCGGCUGAGGAUUAUUUAAAACAGCCUUCGCCUCAUCAGACUAUUGGCGAAACAGUCUCGUCGGCUUUGGCAAAGACUUCUUUCGAGAUGAAGGACGAUGUAGCAGCCGAAGAGGACGACCCAACAAAAGAACGGGAAGCUGAACGAAUGCUUGAGUACAUUGACCGUUUCAAUGAACUACUUGAUGAAGGACUUUAUGAAUCAGCAGCCUACCACGCAGCCAUUAGCCCUAAGGGUAUUCUCCGAAUUCCUGAAACUGUCGAUAGACUAAAGGAGAUAAACGAACCAAAAAUUUUGAUGAUAUUUUGUGAAGCUCUAUGUUCAACGUCGCCGGCUUAUAAGCAACCUGUGUCUGGUUAUUUGGCUACUGUGUGCGUUCAGACUGCCCUAAAAGAAAAGGAUAUGGAUGCCCUCUCACAUUGGGUCACUCAAAAUCAGUUAGAUCUAUCUGAAGCCGAUGCUGAGUUAAUUGAAGCUAAUUGCAUGUGUAAUUCGAUUUGCACGUGUAGGCGCAUGCAAUUAUCGCAUAGAAUAUACACUUCCCUUCGAUUAUUCGAUAAAGCUGCAGUUUGUCUAGCUAGGAUUUCUCACGUGUCUCUUGUUGUUUCCUUUUGCAAGGUGAGGCAGUUAGAGGUGGAUUCGUAUAUAAAAAUCAUAAAACGUCUUCCAAAUAUGGAUUUGGUGUUGGAAAUGUUAGAAAGCAAUUGCGUAAAGUUAGUCGAUAUAUUCCAAGCAUUAGACGAGGAGAAGGGUCAUCUCCUGUUAAAAAUACUCCGAGACAAGGAAAUUUUAUCGGAACUUGUGUGGAAGGAUCAAACAACAUCAAGCAAUGUAUGGGAUCCUAUCGUCAAUAAUAUGGGUGAUAUUGAUCUCCUCUCCACCGUAAUUGUGGGUGAUAUUAUGAAAGCUGUAAGACAAAAGACAUUUAAAUCGGGUGAAAAUAAGUCAUAUACUCCGUCUUCUUCGCAAGAUAAUACUUCCGUUGCCGAUUCGGAGAAUUCAUAUUUGGGCGAUUUGGAAUCAAACUGCAGUUAA